AUGGAAGCAUCUCUUGCUGCUCUUCGCCAGGAAUUUGGGAAUGCUAUCCAGGAGCUUCGCAAUCAAAAUCAACAGCUCCAGGCUGAAUGCCAAUCUUUACAGACUCCACUGAACAACUCCCGAUCCCGUCCGAAGCCCUCACUGCUAGACCCUGAAAAAUUCACUGGUCAAACCCUGAAAUUUGACACCUGGCUCCCUUCAAUCAAAGCUAAACUACGCGUUGACCAAGCUGCUAUUGGAGAUUCAAUCGCCCAGUUUUACUAUGUUUACUUGAAUCUAGAUUCAAGUGUACAAGCAAUGGUGCUUCCUCAGCUAGCUCAAGCAGAAGAAGCAGGUAAUUGGGAUUACAACUCAAUUCUUGAUCAGCUUUCUCGUGUAUAUGACAACCCGAACAAGAUAAUUGAGGCGGAGGACAAGUUACACAGUCCUAAAGCAGGACUCAAAUGA